CAGAGAACUUUUGUUUUCUUCACAGUUUAUUGAAGUUGGCCUGGUCACUCGAGAAGGGAUUAAAGGAGAAUUUAGUGUCACUGAGCUGUGACUGCUGAAGAGGGAACUCAAGUGUUCGGGUCACUGUAUGAACAGGAUGGUCUCCGUACAGAGCUGCACCAGGAGGAAUAUGCCUGGUUCUCCUCCUGCUUUAACGGGUUUCGGGAGUUCGGGAAAGAGUUUUCUCAUUGACAAUCUGCUGCAGGCGUCCUCGGCCAAGUCUCAUGCAGCCCACCUGAAACUGGCAGUUUAUGAACAUCCAAGAAGAACCUGGGGCCUUGAGCAUGGAGCCUACCACAGCCAGGCCCAGAGUUCCCAGCAGAUGAAAGACUUGGGAGGACUCCUUCUGCCACACUCAGGUGUGCUCAGCAGUGUUUUCCUACGGAGCCCACAGUAUCUGCUGGCGUGCUGCGGUGGGUCCAGCCCCCCUCCUGUUUUCUCCAAGGGAGCAAAUCUUCGGAUGUGGUCUGCGGAUGGAAGCCCUAAAGUUCGCAGAGGGAUCCUCAGGAGGGCCGUGUUCUCAGAGGAACAACGUAAAGAGCUGGAGAGAACUUUUCGGAGACAAAAAUACAUCAGCAAGACAGACCGGAACAAACUGGCAGCUGAUCUCAGACUCAAAGAGUCACAGGUGAAGAUCUGGUUCCAGAACCGCCGAAUGAAGUGGAGAAACUGUAAAGAGAAGGAGGUUCAUAACACCCGUUCCCCGAUGGAUGAGCUCAUGGCUCAGGGUCUCGGAGAAGAGGAGGAACAACCAUCACAGAAUCACGCAGAUCCAAAAACACGAAGAGCACCGCCACAUAAGAGUGCCAUUGACACAUGAGAGGCUGUAAUGAGUGGGAAAUAAUCUAGUGACUGUCUUACUUCCACAAGACUCAACAAAUGAGCUGGGAAGUGCUGGGAAGUGCUGGGAGGCUGUUUAAAAAAAAAAAAAAAUGUGGAUGGGAUGUACUAUCUGUGAAAACUAACACGGUCAGUAUUAACUUUUUCAAAGCAUUUAACCGUUUAGUUGCAUUACAUAUGGUUAGGUUCACUUUUUGCAUCUCACAGGCUUCAGUAAGCAAUUUCAUGCCUAUUACACUGACAUGUCUUUCCAGGAAAGAUUCCUCGCUGACUAUAAUUGCAAUGAGAACAAAGGGAAAAAUGAGUCACUUCAUUCAUCAAGUUUUCCUGGUAACGAGCAACAACGCAUCAUCGCAGCAUCAUUCUGUGAUGCAGUGAUGACGACAUGGUUAAAAAUAAAAUUGAAUUAAGGUCUCAACAACUACUCACCCAAAGGUCAACGCUGCACUUCGUCAGGUCUUCGUCAAGCAGCGCACCCGAGGUUGAAGUCCAUCGAAUGAGCAAUUGUUGAGAGAAUCAAAAGGGACAGACACAUUUCUAUUUGUAGGAUGUUUCACGAUGUGGUGAGCUUUACUCAAGUAACUCCAUUUUGAAGUCUCUUGGCAUAAUUUGUGAAUAUAUUUUUCAUUGUGUCAAAUGCAUAGAUCAGUUGUAAAUAAAAAUGUUUCAAUGUA